UGUCUUAACUACUUCCAACCCAAAGCCGCUAGAUUAUUCAAGGAAAUCUUACUGUAACCCAAUUCUCUAUGUCAGCGCCAGGGAUACCGUAACCAGUUUUAUAUGAUGGCGCCAAGCAUUCAUUGUUAGCUUUUUUUUUUUUAUGAUGAGGAAAGGUAUAAAUUGAACAUUCAUUGUCGGUUUGGAGACGAAUUUCAAACACACGGUCUGUAUAUCUGUCUGUAUGUGAAAUUUUGUCCUUGAUCAGAGCAACAUUGGAUAAUUCUGCUAAUUACAAUAUAUACGUUUCAAACACACAUACAUACAUAUCCAGAUGAUAACCUUACUUUGUCGACGACGAGACGAGUAAGGUGACACCGUUCUUGGAAAUCAGGUUGUUGUUAUAGCUUUAGGCAGGACAUCCGCCCGUUGGAGGAAAUGUGGGAAGACAGCCCGCUACGCAGUGAGGGAAACGACGCAGAAGGAAGAAACGCCUCGAGAGGAGAAAACGCUUGUGCCGCGAACGAAAAUCUACGGUUCCCCAUGGCCUGCUGUCUAUAACUUUCCAGAACAGGCUUCUAAACUUGCCCCGCCGAUACCUACAUCGUCCAUCACCCUUCAGCUGAGGCAAGAAAACACCACGGAAGGAGGAUGAAUAUUUUUGCGGCUGAUAUCGGAACAGAGUUCCGGCGAAGUGACCUCCAGACCGAAGUCGUCCUCGUCGGCCCCCACCAGUGUUACUCCCUGGCGUAUUCCACCAAAAUAAAGACAAAAAAAGGAAAUGAAUGAAAAACUAGAGUGGGCUACCUUGUCUGACUGCCAAACAACGCCCGCGCGUGCCAGGUGUGACACCCUGCGGUAUAGUAACUCUCCAUUGGUCUCUAGUGUCACGCUCACUUUCACUGCGCAUACCUCUAUUUACGAAAACAUGUACGCUUUAAUAUCAGAAAACUCAAAAUAAUUACAAACAUAGAGUUAUCAUACACACAACGACAAUUAGUGAAUACGAGAAGAAAAUAAACGAAACUGUUGAAAGUGCGAUGUGGCAGCUCUCCGUCCCGGGACGGAGAGGUAACCUAAACGCGACACUCCCAUCUCACCUGCCAGUUUAGAGUCGACCGCCGACCAGCGGCGUCCCUCCAGCAAGCUCCUACAACUCACCAACUUUGUGAGGGAAUUGUGGACUCUUAACUCGUGCCUUCUACAUCUUCAUUUUCUUUGAUACUCCUUGCGCACCUUGAGUGAAGUCAAAUGGAAACGAAAUUUUGAAUAACUUUUAGAGUGAAUUUAGUCGCAUUGCUUGUGGCUAAAUAAAUACUGUCGAUCCAUUUCUGAUUAAAAGUGAAAAUUUGCAUUACAAUCCAACAAAAACACUUACAUAGACGUGAUCUUUCCUAAUUAAUGGUGGUUUGAAGAAAAUUUAUAGCACGCUCUUACGGCCCAUCACAAUGCCGCCCGUGCCUCAACACGAUGCGUGGACGGGCAGCGACGAGACCAGCGGGGAGACAGAAUUAGUAGUGUCUCCUGUUCCAGAAGUCUUCCUUUCCCACCUGCCGCAACACUUCCAGGAUCCAGACAGCCCUAACCUACACAUGCUGCAGCACCACGACACCAGCAGAAGCACACAAAAACCAACAUUGAGAAGUCAGACCACGAGAUCGACUCUCAGAGCCUUUAGGUUAUCUACUGGAACGCCUGUCAACGACCAGAAAGCUGGAGUUCUUCGUCCCACCAGAGUCACGGCUUUAGAGGAUGUAAUGCAGGAUAAUGGCAGGAACACUGACACCGCACACUUCAGUCCACAACAGACUAGUGUUGCACCAAAGGAAAACACAAAUCCUUCCACAACAUCUUUGCCUCCCAGAGCAGCUCCCAGAAUUCCUGACAGUCUCCGUCCCCCCCCUCCUAUGGAUGCUGUGGCUAAUACGAGAGACAGUGUGGACAGGGGCUCCGUCCAAGCUGUGAGAAGCGAGGGGCAGGAUGUUCGCGUGAGCACCCGCAGCCAUGGAAAUUGGCGAGGGAUGGAAACUACGAAGCCACCGAGAUCUACUACAGUCACAAGUAAAAGGCUUGACCCAGGAUUUCUAAAGCUUCCGGGUCACGAACCAGAAGCCCCCGCCGACCUGGUCCUCGUCCACCACGAUAGAGCCAUCGACACACGCAACCAAACCGGCUUAAAUGGAAUAUUCGUCAAAGAUGAAACCACCGACAUUACGCCAGAAGCUGCCACGGCGCUCAUUCUGGUGGGCAUCUGCAUCGUGUUCCUGGUCUUCAUUUGCUUUAUCCUCUUCGUCCAAAAGAUCCGUCGACAGAAGCUGGAGAGGAAGGUGGAACAAUCUGGCGGCGAACCUGUCAAGCCCCAGACGACCUACGAGGCUACAAAUUCCACGCUACACCCUCAUCCCCUAUCGCUGCUGCCCCCGGCUCUCCUGCACGCCCUUGCUCUCGCCACUGCCAACCGAGAGAAUGAUCCUGCUUUCGCUUCUUUCCUCACCAUGGAGCCGCCCUCCAAGAACAGCAACAGUGUGGGGCGUUUAUGGUUCUGUGUCUACUACGAUUACGUGCAGUGCAACCUAGUGCUUCGUGUGCUGCAUGCUAGGUACACUAAGGGUCGUGGAUCAAGCACCAAUCCAGGAGAGGUGUGGGUGGAAGCUUGUGUGCUCACUCCUAUGAACAAUAUAAAGGCGUCCUCUAAGACCAGCACUCGCCGGGCCUCCUCAGCACCGGUCUUCAAUCAAACAUUCAGAUUUGAGGUCGAGGACGACGAGGUAACGCAAUACCUGCUUCGGCUGACCAUGUACGAUCGCCACCCACAGAAUGGAGAGAAGGCUGUGGGUGCCGUCAUCGUGCCACUGAACGCUGUAGACCUCUGCUCUGAUGCUACCAUGUCCAGAGACCUACAGUGAUCCUCGCAAAAUAUAAUACGUUCAAUUUAUUUGUCCGUUGUACAACGCAAGUGUGAGGUCUGCUGCCAUACGGUGGGUCUCCCACGAUGCCUCAGCCACCUGACACUACCUGCGGCAUUUGAUCCUACUGAUCCGCACCACAAUGCAUUUCUGGGACGCGUGUGUCCAUGACAUUAAUUUAAAAAAAAAGUGGAAAGAGGCUUCGGGGACCUGAAUGAACUUGACGACAACUUUGUUAACACAUGUGAAGCUGUAAUGUGUGACACAGGUACAGAACAGGUGCCCCUCUCGCCCCUGUGUUGUCUUUCACUCAUUGUAACAGUGGAUAAGUAUUUCAUACUAGUCUUCUAGAAGGUCAGAUAACCUCGUACCUGGUUCCUGAUUACAUUGUAAGCAUGUUAAGAGACCACCGCUGGAGAAAAUGAUACUGUGCAAUACUGUCUGGCUUCUUCACUAUUCAUUAGGUUAUUGUAUUGUAAAUACGUGAGAAAGCCAUUGCAAGCGUAAGACGGGCUUGCCUUCAUACAGACCCAAAGAGUUCAGAAGUUCCCAUAGAAUGUAAUACACAGCGUGUGUGUGUGUGUGUGUGUGUGUGUGUAAUUCACCUCGGUCGUCUGGUGUGUGUGUGUGUGUGUGUGUGUGUGUGUGUGUGUGUG